UGGCCUUAUCCAUCCCUGGCACCAGGUGACGCUCUCGGCCUUUCGUCCAGCACUGCACCGCCAGUGCCCCAACAGGGUCCCCGCUGCCCGGAUAUCAGGCGUUUCUCCUAUUUCCAUCAAUAACCUCCAAGUGUGAUCUAACCAAAUGUAUGACUGGCCGAUACGAGCACGUGAUUAUUUUUAAACAUCCCAUAUUUGGGCAAUGGAUAAAAAAAUAAAAAAAUCACCCACCUAUAAAUCGUGGUCAUUUUUAGGAUAAAACCCCAUGAACUUCAAAAGAGCUACAAAUCAAACGCAAUAAUAAUAACAAACCGUUACAACUGCUAUCUGUGGGCCUACAUAUUUUUACAAUUAUCGUGUUAAAUAAAAACUUGAAUGCAAUAAUUUAGUCCAUAUAAAUGCUUCCAUUUCGUUUCCUUAGCGUUUUCUCUUGAAAUGAGCUCUUACGUAGCCAACUCAUUGUUUAAGCAAACUCACGAGGCGUCAGCCUUCGCUUUGCACAACCAUGGAUACGGCUCUAGCUCCGAACUCAACGUGUCCGGCUACUGUGGUUUUGGAGGGCAUGAUCACCGGGGGUCAUUCGCGUCCCCACCGUCCUCGAGCUCCCUUGGCAUGGUAGAGAUGAACUCUGGGCUGCAUGGCAAUCCUGGCGACCUUACACCACGACCAGAGUCUUCCACAGGAGACGCUUCCCAGAGACGCCACAUGAACGAGCAGACAAGCCGCCAGGGUUCUCUAAAUCUCGGACUGUAUUGUCGCAAACCCGAGACGGACUCGGAUUUCAGCGAAAUGCAUAUAUGCAAGACUCAAACAGGCGAGAUCAAAGUCGUAAGUUUGCAACCCGUCCAGCCAGUAAGACAAGGAAACAAUUCUACUCAGCCACAAACCAGCGAACCGCAACCACAAAUAUAUCCCUGGAUGACGAAACUACACAUGGGUCACGAGGCUGACGGUAAAAGGUCAAGGACGAGUUACACGCGCUACCAAACUCUGGAGUUGGAGAAAGAGUUCCAUUUCAACCGGUAUCUGACGCGUCGUAGGCGUAUCGAGAUCGCCCAUACUCUCUGUCUGAACGAGAGGCAGAUCAAAAUCUGGUUCCAGAACCGACGAAUGAAGUGGAAGAAGGACUCAAAGCUUAAAAUUAAAGAGUCAAUCUAAAACAUGGAGCCAUUUUCAAACGUUAUCAACGUUCCUUAGAGAUGUCAUUCAAAGACUGUCAGCACCACCCAUGUUUCCAAACAGUGACUUUUGUGAUGCGAUGUUUCAGUGUGAUGACAAAUAUUGAACAUUCUUCGAUUAUGGAUCUGAUUAUGUAAUAUACCUGUCAUUUGGUUUGAAUGUUGUAUUGUUUUAUUUUCUAUCUUUGAAUAUGUACUUGUUCAGCAGAGUCUUAUAUAACUUGUGAGAAUAGAAACGCUUGAAAUAUAUUAAUUAGCGAAAAUUGUAACAUUUCACCACUUACCUUUUUUUUACCUUGAAGUAUUUUAAAGCUGAACGUUUUAUUGUUAUUAUCGUAUUACUACUGCACUAUCACUAUUGUUUUCUUCGUGAGAGGUGCCUAUUAUUUAUAUAAAAAAACAAGGUAAAUAAAUUCCUUGUAGUUUAUCUUCAAACUCCUUAAGUAUUUAUUUUCUGUUUGUGUUUUUUUACCAGCCCCGUUUAAACAACGGUGAAACAUAGAAACAUUUUAAGAUGUAACAUAGAAACAUUUUAGUAAAUUGCGAGGGCUAUAUCAUUCUGUGAUUGUAUUUAAAAUAGUCCACAUAAAAUGAUUGGUUUUGGACAUAAAGUGUCGUGAGAACAGUGAUAUACUUAAACCUUACUAUACAUUUCGUAGUUAACAUGUAUACUGUGAAUGGUUUCCUCAUCUGAAAAGGUAUAUUGUAUUAGGCUACCUAACUUGCCAGUAUAGGCAGGGGCUUCAUAUUUGGGGGAAACAUAACAUUUGGCCUGAUUGUUGACUAAGAUCUGACCUAAUGUGCCAAGUAUGAUCAUGGGAUUUGUUUUUAAACCUCAGCAUUAUAUUUGUCACAAAUCAUUAUUAGCAAUUUAGAAUAUUUUGUAAAACACGAAAAAUACAUGUAGUGGCAGAUUACUGCUGAGAAUUGGGCAAUAGCCCAACAUCCUACAUGUCCUGCAAAUUUCACAUUACUUGGGAACAUGGGCAAACAAAAAGACAAUCUGUAGUCUAGAAUUUAUGUAGGCCUAAUGUGUAACUUAUGUUCAAUUCAAUAAUGAUUCAUUAUUAAUGUACCUAAGGUUUGAAAGUGAAGAACACAGACGUGGUAUUGUUUUUCUUCUGAAAACGUAUCUCUCCAACUAAUGUGAGAUUUUGGGUUGACAUAAAGGUUGUCAUGAGGCAGGAGACUCAUGUCCACAAUGAGUAGCUAACAAUUAAACAAUUUUCUCGUUUCCGGCGGCUGCCACAAAGCACACAAGUGUCAGAACCUUUUCUCAUAUGCUACACGGUUAUAAUUCCUCACAUAUACAACUUUGAAGGCCUUGUAGGUAAAACAAAUUCACAUAUUACAUUUAACAUAUUCUUGACCAAGUUUCUUUUCACUUUUUAGAAAUAAUAAUAAUCUAUUGAGUGGUUUAAUGGAGGAUGAUCUUCUGGAACGAAAUGCACUUGAAUUACCUAUAUUAACUAGAACAGUUAGCACCAUACUAUAGCUUAGAUUUAAACUUGCUCAUCUUGAUUAUAGAUAGCUGAAGUUUAAUCUUUGAAGUGGACUGAAAUCUUGAGGAGAAAGGCAUUCGUGCUAUGUUUGUGUUUCAAGUAAUGAAAUAAAGAUGGGUGAAUUUGGGGGGAA